GAGGCUCCCCUUGCCCAACCACCACACCAAGCACGUCUGGGGAGGAAGCAGGAAAACCAAAAUCACUUCCUGAUUCUGGCUCUGUCUGCCCAAGACUGGGCCCCUUUCACUCCUAGAGACUGGAUCUUUCUGCGGACUUCUCUGCACUUGCCCAGCAGUUCUUACGUCUGGAACCUCUGUGUGUGCAUUCUUCUCCAGGAGCACUGCUUUGCCCUUUGGAGUGAGGGGCGGUCCCUCAGGUUCAAUCCACGUGUGCCUGAGGAGGCCAAGGAGGCUCCCGAAAUCCUUGGCUUCUUCACAGAGCUCUGUGUAAGUGCCUGGGGAGCCAGGCGAUGGAGCCAAAUCCCAUCUUGCUUUCUACUCAGUCCCAGGCCUACUCCCACCUGGCAGAAUGCGGUAUGGAAAGUGAGAGAAGCCCAUCUAGCCAAGAGCUGGGUAGAGCCUCCCCGCUUCCCUGGGGCCAGGUGCCCAGCUCCAGCCUCGCUGACCCCGGCUGGCUUUGGGAUGAACACAUCCAGGCGAAGAGAGCCAGAGUGGAGACCAUCAUCCGAGGCAUCUGUCUUUCCCCCAGGCCCCUGAUGCCAGGCAAUGCCCGAGCCAGGGGCAGCACAUGCUACUUAGAGAAGGCCUCAGAGAGGAAGAGGAAGCAGAGACUUCCUGUGCAGCAAGUCCUCCUGCAGCCAGGCCCUGCCAGAAACCAAUCCAACAGGAAGGGGGGUCCCAGGGUGAGAGAACAACUUCAUCAGCUGAAGCAACAGCUAAGGUGUCUGCAAGAGCACAUUCUGCAGGCUGCUGUUCCCGGGGCCACAACUCAGGCUCUGGGAUGCUCGGAGCCAGGGAAAGACCCUCUGAGUGGAAAGCAGAGGCGUGGCUGCAGACCUCAGCUCUGGGUUGUCAACAGUGACCACUACCAGAGUUCCUGCAAGGACCUCAGUGGGGCAGAAGAACACAGAGUGUCUGAGGUCCAACAUCCAUCUGAAGAACUCAGAUCCCUUCCUUCUGGAGCACAGACUUUGCUGGAGAUUCUGAAGAAAGAACUGACCAGGGCAGUGUCCCAGGCUGUGGACUCAGUAUUACAAAAGGUGCUUGUGGAUCCACCCAGCCACCUGACCCAGCAAGGCAGGAGUUUCCAGGGACUAGAGGGCAGUGGCGAGCCCUCUCCUGAAGAAGCUACCUAUAAAGACACACAUGUACUGGCCUUUCCUAGGAGAGUCCAGCCACAAGGUGGUGUCUCUUUGGGAAAUUUACCACUGGCCAAGCCUCUAGAGUCUCCUAGGUACUCUGUCUCUCCAAGAACCAUCCCCAGAUCCUUGCGGGGUCCCAUAGCAAAUUGUCCUUUGACAGUACAUUCCCACAUUCAGGAAAAUCAGAUUCUUAGCCAGCUACUGAGUUAUGGACCCAGUGGCCAUCGGAGCAGUGGACCUUCCCAGGACUUACCUCCCCAACAGCACCCCUCCUCAGAGUCUGCCCUGCGCCCUUGGGUUCUGAGCCAGCCUUUCACCAUGGCCGGUCUGGAGAGCCGGCCCCUCCUUGCCUCCGUGAAGAUGGAGCAGGGCAGCCUGCAGCCCGUGUCGGAUGUGCUUGCUUUCUCUUCUGUCCACAUAUCCUUUACUAGUCAUUGACAAUCUCAUGGUCACUGCCCCGAGAAAUGAGAAGGCUGGAAGCUGAGAUGGAGGUGGAGACACUGUAGUCACCAUGGUGCACAUGGAAUAGAUUGGUUCCCGGUCUUUUUCUUCUCUCCAUUCAUCCUCAUUCUCAUCGUCUCCCUGCCUUCCUCUUUCCUUCCUCUCCCCUUCGCUUUCUCUCUGUGUCUCUGUCUGUCUCUAGGAAUAUUUAACCGAGGGUCUUCACAUUAAGCUACAUCCCCAGCCCUUUUAAAUUUUAAGAGAAGAUCUUGCCUCAGCAAGGGCUCAAACUUGUGAUCUUCCUGCCUCAGCCAGGAUUACAGGCACAGUGCCACCACUCCAGGCUUCCCAUGGGCUUCAAAUUGCUCUAGGACCUUCCUUUCUCAUGCCUUACAACUUAUUUACUGACCAAGCGGAAACCACAUUCUAGAAUUUAGGGAUUCUGGGAAGGUUCAUUUACUUUAUUCUGUGACCCAUCAGAUUCUGCCAUGACUGACUUUUUCCUUUGGGUCUGGCAGAUUUGAUUUGUUUACCUUUAAACCCAAAUUGGCUUCCAAGAUUAUGAUUAUCCUGUGGGAGGAAGAGCCUGUAAUUUGGUUGCCAGCUUCUCAUAUUCCUAGGCAGAGAGUGUCAAAGGAAUGAUCUCAUCUGAUAUGUGGUUUCCCCAACAACCUUUCCUCAUGGCUCUCCAAGAGUGCAUGGACUAGAUAAUCCAUAGGGGAUCUUCUGGGGCAAAAGAGUACUUUUCUUUAGAGAUUAGAAAUAGAAAUGCAGUUGUCUUGAAGAAGUCAGAGGACUUCAACUUAGGGGACAGCUUCCUUCCAAGCUGGGUUGGAGCCUAGGGCUGGGCACAGGGGGAGAGGACCCACCCCCUGCAGUGGGGAAGCCUGUAGUGUUCCAGGAAUAACGUGAAGAUAGUAAGUUAUUCAGUUAGAGAAGAAAAUGUAGUGGCAGAUUCUGGGUUAUUUUCUUUAGUUUGGGGCCCCUCAGAGCCUUUAACAUGCUGGUCUGAUGUGAAGCUUGGGGAGGAGAAUCUAGGCAGCCCCAAAGAACCCUCUUCCAACAAGAAUUUGCAGGACUAAAGUUCCUGAGAACAUUACUUUGGAUGCUCUUUUUUUAAAAAUGUAGUUCAAGUUGGCCUUGAAGUCACUAUGUAGCUGCUCAGACUGGCGUCUAAUUUAUGGCUAUCCUCCUGCCUCAAUCUCCAGAGUGCUGGGCUUACAGGCAUGUGCCACCUUGCCCAAUGGAUGUUAAGAAAGUUGGGGCUGGAGGUUUAGCUCAGUGGCAUAAGCGCCUGCCUUACAAGCAGGCAGUGAGUUUGAUCCCCGGUACCGAUAAAUAGGAAAAAGAGAAAAGAAAAAAGAAAAAAAGUUGUGCCCACCUUGCUGUUUCUUAUGCACGGCCUUAAGCCCAAGUUCCAAAA